GGCCACAUUCAUGGUCAUUUUAGGGGGGGGGUCAAUAGAUGUUAAAAUCAGGAUUUUUACCUAGAAUUACUUAUUGUUGCAGUCCAUCAUCCCGAGUCACCAAAGGCAUUGCAAUAAAAUAAUCAGACGGAGGCGAGUUAACGACAGUAGUGAUGUGAAUUCUGGUUCUUUUUUAGUGAGUCAGAUCAUUUGACUCAUCUUCCCGUUAAGAGUCACCUCUUUUGGCUCUCAAACGACUCAUUACUGCCAUUUUCAUGUCUCACCAUUCACACAACAACCAGCUCUGACGCUUUUGAUGGAAAACUAAUUGUGAAAACACUUCAUCACUCUAAUUAUGUACUUGGAGCGCACUACAUAAUUAUAUUCUACAGUUCACACUAGCACUGUCUGUGAGUCUCUUAUCUAUAUGCUUAACAGCUCCAUCUAUCCAUUUUUCCAUACUGCUUAUCCUACACAGGUUCAUGGGGCAGCCUGGAGCCUAUCCCAGGGAACUCUGAGCACAAGGCGGGGACACCCUGGACGGGGUGCCAACCCAUCGCAGGACACAAUCGUUCACACGCCAUGGACAAUUUUGAACGGACAUGUCUUUGGACCGGGGGAGAAAACCGGAGUACCUGGAGGAAACCCCUAAAGGGAGAACAUGCGAACUCCACGCGCACAGGGUGGAAAUGGGAUUCGAGCCCCCAACCCUGGAGGUGCGAGGCAAACCACUAAGCCACUUUGCCUUCAUGCUUAACAGAUAAAUUUGUCAAUUAAACAUCCACAGAGGUUUAGCUUUCCUUAUUUAAAUGCUCUUCUGUGCCUUACUGGACUGGCAGUGUAUCUAAAAAUGAUGUCCACUUUCAGCACUGACAGAAUUAUAAUGUAUAAAGGCCAUUACACAAUGCCAAAAAUUAAUUUCCAUUUAAAUAUUUCUCUGAGGAUUCCUAUAAAUUCCCUUUACAGCCACAAUGCAGUGCGGUUUCCAGUAAACAUCCGUUCCUCUCUGCUUUAGAGCACACUUAAGGAGCAGUGCUGACUAGCCCAUUAAAAUCACAAUACCGCUGUACGCCUCCAUCAGUGUGUACACAGCUUUAUUCAGGACAGGAGAAGUUCACCCUUAUUAGUUACUAAUUAAAGGUCGGGAAGUCUCAGGCUGUGUUUUAUCACCAAUUGAUCUCAAGGACACACAAUAUUGUGCAUACAUAUUACUCCAUCUCACCAAUAGGUGGAAGUAUGUCUUAUGACUUCCAGAAGGACAGGGAUUUUCCCAGGUGAGAUCAGAGAUGAAAAAAUAGCAAAGUUAAUUCAUCUGAAAGCACACAGUGUGUCCUUUAUACAUGUGUGACGAUACAUGUGUCCUUACUUUUAAGGCAGGAGAAAGACUCUUAAGAAAUAAAGCUGCUGAACUGUACUUUCCAUUGUCGCUGGCGUGGUGCCAUAAAGGGUGCUUCUUUUGUACAGUAGUAUAUAUCUUUUAUAUCUAUAUAAACUGAAUUGAAUUGGACCGCUGAUGUACAUUUAGAGCUUUACUCUAAAAGCUAAUUGAAAGGUCCAACACAUUCACCUUCCCAGGUAUUUCCCUGACGGUACCACCUAGCAACCAUAACACCACAAAGAACAGAAAAUACUGUUUGUGAGUCUAGAAAAGUACAGAAAAGACUUUCCCCUGGCUCAAAGAAUAAAAGUAAGGACAAUAAAUGUUCGUUUGUUUGUGCUUAAGUGAUUGCUUUUUUUUUUUUUUUAUUCAUUUACCUACUCACUUGUUUUAUUGAUAUUUAUGUUACAUUCAUUCAUUUAGCAUUUGUUCAUGUUUGUUUAUUGCCUCAUUUAUAGAUUUAUUGACUUAUUUGUUUUUUUAUUUGUUUUGUCUGUUUAUGUAUUUGUUUAAUUUACAUAUUUUUAUUGAAUUCAUUUGAAUUGUUUAUGUAUUUAGCUGCUUGCUUAAUUUUUAUUUAUUUAUUUACUCACUCACAUAUUUUAUUUAUUUGUUCAGUUGUUUAUUAUUCCUGUAUAGAUGUACUUAUUUGAUUAUUUAUUUGUUUGUCUGUUAAUGAAUUUACUGACUUAUUUGAAAUCAAUUCAUUUUGUGCAUUUAGUGACUUGCUUGUUUAUUUGUUUGUUCAUUUCUAGAUUGACUUAUUUGUUUAUUACUCACACAUUUUAUUUAUGUCUUUGUCCGAUUGUUUAUUUAUUCAUUUGCAGAUUUCCUUACUUAUUUGUAAGAAUGAUGUUUGUUACUUAUUACUUGUUUGUCUGUUUGUUGAUGUAUUUACUUGCUUGCUGAUUUUAUUUAUGUAUUUGUUUGUUUGUUCAAUUGUUUAUUAUUCCUGUAUAGAUGUACUUAUUUCAUUAUGUAUUUGUCUGUAUAUGUAUUUACUUACUUAUUUGUAAUUAAUUCAUUUUGUUUGUUUACGUAUUUAGUUACUUGUUCGUGUUUGUUAAUUUACAGGUCUACAUAUUGGUUUAUUUAUUUUGUUUUUCUCUUUGUUUACUUACUUGCUUGUUGUUAAAUGUAGUUAGUUAAUUAGUUAAUUGGUUAGUUUUGGGGAGGCCUAUUUUAUUGGCUUAUUUUCAUGACCCAUGACGUGCUAAGGUGAAAGAACCGAGAGGUCAGGAGGAGGAGACUUCUCCUAGAGAACGUCUGCAGGCUGGUCAUAUGACCUGUAAUACUUCCUGCUGUGGGCGGGGGGUUCCGAUUGGACACAUCGUGCAGGGGGGCGGGGCAAGUUCAGGACUACAAAGGCAAACAGGUUUGACUGGUUUUGCUUUCUUGCCAAUGCACUCACAUGUUUAUAUCCACACACAUAGAGAACAAACCCAGACACAUUGUCUAGCCGUACUUGUUUAUAUUUCUUAUUCUUCACUGCAAGUGUGUAAGUUUAGGAGACAUUCCUGGAUCUGUAACCUGGGAGCCACACACACACACACACACACACACACACACACACACACACACAGGUGAGUCUGUAUAGGUGUGUUUGUGUAAUAGUAUGACCAUGUGAGUAUGUUGUUUCUUUUCUCUGUCCAGUCGUGCCUUUAAACAAAUAAGAUGAUCAGAAUUCUGUCUCAUGAGUGACAUAUUAAUUUUAACCAUUCAAAUGUAAACUUAUCAUCAAUAUUGUUUCUUGUGCUGCUGUUACAUGAUCUGAAUGUGUGUCCAACUGUCAGUGCCGUGUCUUUUACUUUUACUUUAGUAUUCACCCAGGAUCAUGUAGAAACAAGUCUUAUAAUUCCAGAGAAAUGUUUCCUGAAUUUACUAGCCUGUGCUUCUACUGUAAUCACUUUAGGACUAGAAAGAUCCUAUCUUCUGUUUAGUGGAAAGCAGGAAGAAGACCAGAGAGAGAGAGAGAGAGAAGCUGGUGGAGAGGGGGAUGGGUGCUCUAAAAGGGAGAUUAGACAGAUCACAGAGACCUGCAUUACCCCAUCUCUACUUCCUGCAGGCCUUGUUUGCCUGCAUUGAUGCAAACCAGGAACCGAGGAAAAGGGGAACCGUUUGCUGAAAAAAUGUCUGUUGAGGCUCUUGGGCUGUUGCCUCGGCGUUUAGCGAGACUGCCUGAAACCGCAGACUCUUCUUCCGGGCAGCGCAAGCCGAGUGCUGUGGAGCGCCUGGAGGCUGACAAGGCAAAGUACGUUAAGAGCCAGCAAGUGGCACUCAACAAGCAGCUGCCAAUCAUCCGAAAGCCCUUGAUGCCAUCCUGCAACAGCGGGCAGCUUCGACCAGGUGCACCACAACCAACGCGCAAAGUGGCUGCUCGCUCCACAUCUAAACCUGAGGCUCCGCCCCUUAACCUAGAACACCUGAAUAGCCUGAUUAAUGGAGUCAGUGAUGCACUUCCAUCCAGUAUUUUGCAAAGGGAAAAGCCUGGAAAACGUCAAGAUUCUGCAGCAGGCAGUGUAUCUCCGCUCCCUUCCCCGACUUUGAGUGCAGUUGGAGACAAACCAGACUUGACAAAAGACUCUUCAACACCACAAAAGAAAAUAUUAGGAGAUGGCCUUGCAGCCAAUGGGUCUUCUUCUUAUACAGUAACAGUACGGCGAGUUGAUGUGAGGCCUCACUUAAUGACACCGCAGAUGAGAAAGCCAUGCCGAGCACAGCUCCCUGGGCAGCGCGUCCACUCCCAGCUUUUGCAGCUGCUCAGGCCGUACACUCAGACUUCCCCUCCACCACAGCCUCUUCAGCCCAUCAAAAGCCGACAUGACAUAAUAAACAUCUCCAGUCCUGUGAAAUCCCCUGUAAGCCCAGUUCAGGCUUCACCGUUCUCUGCUGAACCCCUAACUCCUGCCUUACUUUCCCCUGAUAAAUCUCCAAAAGAAAAAAAUGGAGUGUCUCCCACCUCAGCCCAGGAACCCCUCCCACCUCCAUCUCCUGCUGUCACCCACAAGUCCUCAGUAAGCUCCAGGAAACGAAGGUCGCUAACGCGUUCCAAGUCUGAUGUGAGUGACCGUUUUUCCCGCGUUGGUGCAGAAGUCGAGCGUUUCUUUAACUACUGUGGCCUCGAACCAUCAGACUUUGAAGAGUUGGCGCCUGGUUCGGACAUUGCAUCCAUCUCGCGCCUGCGUAGUGCUAGUGCUCCUGCAUCAGAGUGCACAGCUGAAGGGGAGGGGGAUGAAGAAGAGGAGGAGGAGGAAGCAGCCAAAGAUGAGAGGCCCAGCUAUGGUGUUUCAGUCAUAGAAAGAAAUGCACGGGUGAUCAAGUGGCUGUUUGGAAUGCGCCAUACCAAGGACAGCACAAAAGUGGCUAACGUUUAGCUUGGACGACCAAGGUGACUCAAGGUUGUGCGUGUGCACUAAAAAGCUUGGGUUUUUAAUGCUCAAGACUUUAGGCAAUAUUUUGUGAAGUUAUUUUCACAGUCCAAUAACCCCAGUCUCUGUGACCUCUGUAAACCAGUUAAAAAGCAAAUGACGUGGACCACUAACAUCCAACCAAUCACAUCGAGGAGGCGUCUCUGCUUGCCUGUCAAUCAUGUUUGCCUGACAAACACGGACUGGAGGCUCUGUAUUUGUUUUCUUUUUAAGCUUCAGAACAGCUAGCUGCUGCUAAUUUUUGCUAAAACCACUGACUGUACCUUUAAUAUCAAGUGCCUUGUAGUUUCUAUUACAGGUUUAUAUUACGUCUGUUUAGGGUAAUGAGAAAAAGGUUCCAGAGCUACCGGGAUCAAGAUAUGUCAUGUCUGCUGCUGUGGAAGUAAUUGGAUAUGAAACAUAUUCAAUUAACUACAUAUUACUGAUUUAAAUGUAUAUGUGUGUGUUUUGGGGUUUUUUGGGGGGUUUUUUUAUGUGUAUGUAUAAUUCCCUUCAAUAUGAGAAACGAUGAUCAUGUAAUGUAUAAACACCAAAAGUAUAAAAGUAUUUGUUGCAUUCAUGUGUUCAUCUUAUCUGUGGAUUACGGAGUCCGUAUUUGUGUGCCUGCUUCUGCUCAAUAAUAUUUGCCCUCUGUUGUCAGAUCUGUAUUGCAAGUAGUUUUUCCUCUGAACUGAGUAGAUCUUCAUAUACAGAUGCACAGAUUGUCCAUGUUGACUGAUGGAUUGUCAUAAUUAAUAAAAUAAAACAAAUUGAUUGGAAAACAGUCGAUUAUUGCUGUAUAAUUAUUGUAGCUCAGUUGAUUGCUUUAAAACACAUUGAAAGUUUUCAGAGUUUUCAUUAACACUAACUGAUAUGAAAAUAGCAUGUAGUGUAAUUCAACAAGGGUCACUUUUUUUUUUUUUUUUUGCUUCCUGUGAUUAUGGUCAGGAAAAGCAGAAUAGAUAGCGUGCGUGCUAACUCUAGCUUUUGUCCGUUAAAUGGCAGGGGAACACACCCAGUCCUUUCUUUUCUCUCCGUUCUCUGGAUCAACCCUUUCAGUGUUGUACUUAAUUCAGCCUUACCAUUCUAACGUUAUUUCCAAUAAAGAAGCACAAAAUAAUGAAACACCUAAAAGAAAUGGCAUAACUUAUAUGUUCCAAUGAGAAUUCGAACAAGAGAGGGAAUGUUGCUGUUGUUGUUGUUGUUGUUGUUGUUGAAUCUUCUAGCUUUUGUAAAUCUAACCCUAUGGCAGGUCAGGGUAUUUGUUGUUGGGCAGAGUUUCAGGGAUUAGCAGGUGUGAACAGGUAAAUAGGUUCUUAAAUUUCACUCAUCCCAAGAGUUGAACUACAGAGAAACACAUAUAUAUGAUCGUGGCUCAAGUUGGAAAGUGUGAAUGCAUGUAGACUUUUCCAAAAGACGGUUAAAGGACACAAAAUUCAUCUAAUAAAGGUGGUAUUAGUAUGACCCUGGCUAAAGCUUUACAGGAUAAGCUACAAUCAUGGAAAGAAGCGAUUUCUUUCUGUACCGUGGCUGAACCAGAUGAGAAAAGCA